AUGUUGGGGAGGGACGAGCUGCUGCGGCGGAGCCUCGUGACGCUGGCGGCAGCCGUGGUGGUGACCGGGGUGGCCACGGCGUCCGUGCGGAAGGCGCUGGCCACCUACGUCUUCGGCAUCCUGGCCAUCGCCGGCGUGCUGCUCCCGGACUGGGAGUUCUUCGACCGCGACUUCUCCCAGUGGCUCACCCCCAUGCCCGCCUCCCGCCGCACGGCCGCCGCCGCCGCCGCCGAGCGCGAGCACGACAUUUGGAGAUUUAAGCCGUAUCCACUCAGGAUGGCCGUGCUCACGACGAUCUACGGGUUUGGACUUUACAAGUGGUGGACGUACGUAUCUCACUAA